AUGAAAUGGUCUCAAUGGAAAAUAUUGGUAAAACAAGGUCUGAAAGAAGCAGUUUUUCCAAAUGUAGUUCAUCAUUUCCAUGAUCACAAGUGGCUGUGUGAAAGAGCCAUCCUGGCGCUAAAGAAUGAUAUAGUUUAUACCACAAACAGAGAGCACCUCUCUCAGUUGCCUGGCCAAGUGCAAAAGUACAAGUCAGUUGACACUGUUCCAGAAACAAAUGAGGCUGUCUAUUAUCCAACAGAAUUUCUCAAUUCCCUAGAACCACCAGGUGUUUCAUCACACAAUCUGGAGCUCGAGAUUGGGGCACAAAUCAUGCUUCUUAGGAAUCUGGAUCCAUCAACACUGUGCAAUAGAACACGUUUGGCUGUCAAGAAGCUGAUUCCACUUGCCAUUGAGGAUAAAAUCAUGACUGAUCAUGCUGCAGAACAGGAUUUCUUCAUUCCACGCAUUCAGAUCAUCCUAUAUGACUUGCCAUUUCAAUUCAAGCUACUCCAGUUCCCAGUUUGA